UAUCUGCCUGAGUCUGAGGGUGUGUUUGUGAGAGAGAGAGAGAGAGAGAGAGAGAGAGAGAGAGAGAGAGAGAGAGAGUUCCCCCCCUUCCUUCCAGUUAGCAUAUUAAGUCAGAUCAGGAAGUGUGAUGGUGUGACAGUACAGAAGGAAACGGGCACACAAUGGCACUAAAAUGAGAGGCCCCCGGCUGAAGACCCGUCUGCUGCUGCUGCUGCUGCUGCUGACCUCUCUGACUGGCACAGCACUUUGUCAAGAAGAUGAGGGUGCAGAUCCUGACACUGUGGCAGAAGGAGAAGAAGGACAAAAGGUGCCGGAACCUGAACCAGAAAUCCCAGCAACAGCCCCCUCACCCACAGAACCAGCUGACGAGAACACAGAAGACCACAGCUCAGGAGACAGUCCUAUCACAGAUGACGGUGACGUUACAUUAGCAACUACAGACUACUCCAGUGUCACAGACUCGACCUCUGUCCUGGGGGAGGAAGAAGAGGGUUUGAGUCUCAUCAUCAUCUUGAUUCCUGUGGUGCUGGUGGUCCUAAUCAUCGGCAUGAUAGUUUGUGGUAUUUUCAUCAACCGCAGAUGGAAUAAAAAAGCAAGAAAACAAGAGCUCAGUAAAGAAGAUCCAUAUUUGGAUGGAUCCAGCACAGAGAAGGUGCCAAUGCCGAUGUUUGAAGAAGAUGUGCCCUCAGUGCUGGAGCUGGAAAUGGAAGAGUUUGACCAGUGGAUGAAAAAAGACAGUGGAGCUGCAGAGGAUUCUAAACAAACAUAACUGCAUUUUCCGUUAAAGGUUGCCUUCUAUAAAGGACCCACAGUCAACAGUGCUCAGUCACCAGCUCAGAUCUUCUGACCUUUCGACAACAAUCCAGCACAGACCACAGGAGUUCAUGUGAUGGUCAGAAAACAACACCACAACGCCUAAAGGACAACUAAAAACAUUACUUUUGUAUUAAUAGUAAAACAAUCAGCAACUGAAAUGCAUCUGAAUGCUUUUUUAAAUGCAGCACCUGAUAGUCUUCACUUUUUUUAUGCCUAUUGAACAUGUUUAAAAGUUAUACAGGUGCAUUUACAGUAUUUCAUGUCUCAGCAAAUCAGCCAGAUUGAACAAUGUUACAUUAAAACCUAAAAAAAACUCAGUCGGGUAGUUGCCAAAUGUUCCCUGUUCUGCAAAUUUACUCUGUUGAAGGGCAUGCAGUCAACAAAAAGUGCAACCAGAUCAAUAUCUUCCUCCAUCCUCACAGAUACGACUGCUCAUAGUGUGUCGUUAUGGCUUUUCCUCAACUCAAAGCCUCUAUGUUGUCUUGCAGUCUGCACGUUUUAAUGAGGAAACAUCCGACUCGAGACUGUAGCCAUGCAUGACUGAGAAAACCGCUAAUUUGUUAUUUUUUUGUCUGCGCAAAGCUGCUUAGAAUUUAUGGAGAAAGUGUUUUUCCUUUAAAUCACAGAACAUGAAAAGACAAGUCUGCUGUUUCUCAGGCUUUUGAUAAAUUAUUGCCCAUCACUGAAAGAGCUUUGUAAAAGCUGCGACUGAUAAGAUGUGUAUCUCUCCUCAGAUAACAGCUCUCAGUUUUUUUGCCUUGAAAGUGUUGAAUCCCAGCAGUCGUAACAAUGAUCUAAAUGUGAGCUCCGCUUCCUUUAAGUGUCAUUCAGUAUUGUGUGGAUCUUGCACUGUAAAUAUGAGAAUACAGUAUGACUUAACAUAUUUUUUUCAUAGAAUGCCUUUUGUAAAUAUUUCAGAUCAGGCACUCGUGUUGUUGUUUUGCCGAUGAAGCUUUUAUUGAAAUUUCAAUAAAUAAUUUCUCCUGAUAAAA